GGUUUCGAUAACAGUGAGAAAAAGGCUGAGAACUCUGGGAAUUCGCAAAAAGAACUGAAACGAGACAAAGAGAAUCAUGCUGGUUUGGUGGUGUUUGCUAUCCACUAUCGGAGGUCUAGUAGCCUCGGCGGAGCCUUUAUCAGAUGAUGAUUCCUGUCGCUCGGCAUUGGGCAUGGAACAUGGCCACAUUUCGGACAGUGACAUCUCGGCCUCGUCAGCUUUCGAUUACACGUCAGUGGGGCCUCAAAACGCCAGGAUAAGACAAGAGAAGAAUGGCGGAGCUUGGUGUCCUCGGAGCUCAAUCACUCCCAAAGUGAGGGAGUGGAUCCAGAUUGACCUGCACCGUGAUUAUCGGAUCACUCGCACAGGCACCCAAGGGCGCUUCGGAUUGGGCCGUGGACAGGAGUACACGGAGCUCUUCAUAUUGGAAUAUUGGAGGAACUCGACAGGCAAAUGGAUCACUUACAAGAAUCAUUCUGGUCAUGAGGUGCUCACUGGAAACUCGAACACUUACGUGGAGAAUACCAAUGAUCUGAAUCCAAGUAUCGUCGCCUCGAAAGUCAGGUUCGUUCCUUAUUCCGAACAUCCUCGAACCGUGUGCAUGCGUGUGGAACUCUACGGAUGUCCUCUGGACUCGGGACUCUUGAGCUAUCAGGCACCCCCAGGGGAUGAGUUCUCACCUCAUGUGUUCCUCGAGGAUAUCUACGAUGGCGAUUUGAUCCAGGGGAUGAACAAGGGCGGACUUGGCGUCCUCACGGAUGGUCAAUUUGGGGAGCCCGUUGCUUUCUCCAAGCACAGCAUACGCCAAGCUCACGGUUGGGUUGGAUGGAAGAACCAGAAUCGUCCAGUGGAAUUGAUCUUCUUCUUUAGCCAGCCCAAGGAGUUCCAUUCUGUCACGCUGACCUGUUAUGUCCAAAAGGACUUUGGAAUCCAGCCGAUUUCACAAGUUCUUGUGUUUUAUGGAGACGAUUCCAGUGCAAUGGACCCGGGGCACGUCAAGGUUGAUGCUCGCCAUCAAAUGAGGUUGCUUGGUCGAAAAAAAGGGAACGACACUGAUGACGGCGAUCACGGCAGUGAGGAAGGUUUUCAAGGUUCAGGAGCCUUGAAUCUCACCCUUAAAUUGGAUACACUGGGUCGAGACAAGCAAUCCCAUUCGAAGACGAAGAAAGGCCUAGUGGUCAAACUUCAACUCUAUUUCAUGGACAAAUGGAUUCUGCUGUCAGAAGUGUCGUUCCAAACUGAGAAGGCAGAUUUGCCUCCAUCCUUAUCUCCAUCUGGGAUGGAAAAUGUGCUGAGCUCAUCAAAUGACGUGGAUGACGUGGUGCCAUUAGUGAUGUCGUCCACGAUGGGGCCUAAUGAUGUGGUAGAUGAGGGAAUCCUCUCGGACGACACACCUCCCAAAUCCCAGAUCUCCAUGUCCAAGAACAGCCCAGACUCCCGAGGCUAUUACAAUCAAGGAGACACGACCCAAAUCUAUAUUGGAUUGGUCAUUGGGGUGCUAGGAGUGACCGUCAUGCUCCUACUCGUGACCAUUAUGCUAAUUCUGAGGAGAAACAAGCAGAAGAUCUUCAAUAAGAACCAACCCAUGUUCAAGAGUCCGCUCUCGGACCGACACAUGAUGAGAGACAUGACUCCAUUGAACAAGAUCUACGAGGACACCACCACCGCCAUGACGUUGGGAAGUGGCAUUAAUGAGGAACAGACGACGGCGGCAGCAGCCUCCAUCUAUCAAGAGCCCUACCGGCUGGUGCUCCAGAAGAACUACCAGAACAUGGUGCACAGUUGUGGACGGCUAUGCGAUUACGAUGAACCACUGCCAAAUGGAUCUUCAUCACCUUCCGGUGGGAGUGGCGGUGGGGGUGGCCUCCUCGGCCAAAGACUUCUUCCGGAUAAGAAUAAAUUCGGCUCCACCCCACUGUUUAAUAUUCAUGCCACUUCACAAACACACCGCCCUCAACAACAGGCCGACCACCACCAAGGCACACCAACACUCCCAGUCGGGCUUCAGCCUGGUGUGUUUGCCAAUGAGUAUCUGGCGCAACCGCAUCAAUCUUCCACGCUUUUGCCAUCGUUCUCAUCUUGCCAUGAGGUGAAAACCACCUUUGGGCCUCCGAAUGGGAUGCCUGCCACCCUGAUGAAGAAUUCCAGAUCCAUGGCUGCCGCCAAUGACAAUGGGAUCUACCAAAUGUUUCAACCCAGUGAGAACUUCUACGCUGCCACCGAUAUCUUCCAGGCCAACGGCAACGACACACUCGCCACAGGAUCUCUGUCCUCCAAGACGACCUCCUCCGUGUCCUCAACCACUGCAGCGGCGGCGGCAGCAGCUUUGGCCUCGCUGCCGCUUAACUCGGGUCAAGUCACCACUUUGGUGCACCAGCCUCAUCGACGACACCACCACCACUACCACCACCAGCAUCAUCAUCAACAAAACCACCAUGGUUCAUCGGCCCGCCGACUGCGUUCAUCUCCACCAUCGUUGCCAUCUUCAUCGUCUAAUCAGGGAUCACUUUUCCAUUCAAGUGAUCGAGUGGAGUUUAAUCAAAUUCUCCAAUUCCCGCGACACAAACUCCGACUCGUCGAGAAAUUGGGAGAGGGGAAAUUUGGAUUGGUUCAUUUGUGCGAGAUGUCCGGUCAAAGUGGUUGUCCCCAACCCGGUGGUGAUUUAGGCACAUCCAUCGUGGUCGUUCGAUCCCUGUGGAAAGGAUCCUCUUCCGAUGACGAGACCAGGGACAGUUUCAUCUCGAGCGUGGAAGCACUCGCGAGUCUGUCGGAUCCCAAUAUUGCCCAAGUGUUGGCUCUCUGUUCCCAAGAUGAGCCCAUUUGUCUGCUCUCCGAGUACUCGACCUACGGUGAUCUGGCUCAAUUCCUCAAGACACAUUACCAAUCGUCAAAAAAGUCCACCACACUGGCCCGGUCUGCCCGAAGCUCUCUGAACGAGUCCAAUGUCAAGGCCAACAACGGGAUCAAUCCCUUGAAAUGUGGGAUCGGCUCCUCCACGGGUGGAAAUGAGAGCGAUACCGAGGCCGGCGACGAGAGUCAUUACAGUAAACUGAUUUCAGAUCAAGAAGGCGAGGAGGAAGAUGAUGAAAUGGAUGAUGAGGACGAUCCUCGAGGGAGUCAAGUGUCAAGCAUUCCCUCCCUGAUGUUUAUGGCUACGCAAAUCGCUUCAGGGAUGAAAUACCUCGAGAGCCAAGGGUUCGUCCACAGGGACCUGGCAGCAAGGAACUGCUUAAUUGGCAAGUCAUAUCAGAUCAAGAUAAGUGAUUUCGCCAUCUUCCGCUCGGAAUACCGCUCCAGGGAUUAUCAUCGAGUGGCCUCUCUGGCCUCUUUGCCCUCCAGAGCCUCAACUUUGACCUCCUCCAAUCCUUCGCUCCUCCAUCCCCAUCCGGACCUCGCAUUGUCCUCGGAUGACAGCGAAAGUGAACUCCUGCCUUUACGAUGGAUCCCUUGGGAGGUGUACGUCAUGCGUUCGUGGUCGAGCCAAAGUGAUGUAUGGUCUUUCGGCAUGACCUUGUGGGAAAUCUUUACUCAUUGCCAAUCAGAACCGCUGCCCAACUUGGACCAGGAUCAGAUCGAGGAGAAUCAUCUCCACCACUAUCACGCCAAUGGGUUCCAUCUCCUCCCGAGUGUAUCCAAUGUUGGUUGUCCCCAAGACGUGGUAGGCAUUAUGCGCGAGUGCUGGCAACGUGAACCCCGUGAUCGGCCCACUUUUGGGGACAUUCAUACCCUCCUAAAGAAUGUCAGUCCCACCUUGAAGUCGCUGCCUUUCUAAGUAGGGAAGAUAAAAGUUCAUCCGAAGAACGGUCAAAUCGCAAACCUGUGCUCAAAAUCAGCCUACGAAAGGCAGCCGAAUAAUGUUCACUCACUUUCAUGUGUGCCAAUAUAAAUGGGAACACCUGGUGUUAAUUACAUACACCGAGAAGAAGAAGAAGAAGAAGAAGAAGAGUUAUUAUACCUACCCUACAUGUUCCUUUUUCCUACAUAUCAUCAUCAUCAUCAUCUCGAACCCAAUCGUCAUGCUAUCAAUCAUUGUGAAAUCCCCCCCCUUCUCCUCCUAUCGUGUCUUGAGAACUUAUCGUAUCACCCUGAUUUGUUUCAACAAUAAAAUCUUGGGCAUGUUCAAUGACUUCAUGGUCUCUUGGGUGUUCCAUUUUUCCUGUGGCAUGGCAUCGCUGCACAGAAUUUCAUCCAAGGGAUGGUGAGUGAAUGCAAUCGGUAGAAGAAUGAAUGUAAAGCACAGUUCACAUCGCUUAAGCGGUGCACGUUUCAAAUUGAAUUUGGACUCGACAAAGAAGAUUUUGGGCGAAAUAUCUCGCAUUCAUCGCCACUUACUGAAUCCAGGCCGAUUUGGGCCAAUCUA